CUUGUAACGUUACAGUUACAGUACAAGCAAGAACCAGAGGAAUCAAACGAUCUGUGUCUGAUUCUACUUGCAACAAAUUGAGACAAGAAAAUUUCAUAUUCAUCCUCGAGUCUUUCUAUCUUUUUUCUUUUUUCUUGCCACUCUCAAUUUUGUUCGUGUCGUCUUGAAGAAGUGAAGAAUGAAGAGCACCACGAGCAGAAAUACUUCCGGGAAGUUCUGGAUGGCAGUCACAAUUUUAUUUGCUUUGCUUCAACUCGCAUCUGCCCAAUCUGGACAUAACAGGAUUGCGCGUGAAAAUACGCUCAACGUCCACGACACUUUCUCGAAAAUGGGGGAAAAUGGCAUCGCGGAACAAGUGAACGCAGAAAUAUCAGGGACGAUUAGAAAUCGGCAGAAACGGUUAUCGGACCAAAGGCGAGCAGAGCUAGAGACCCUGAUAGCCCUUUCAAAAAUGACGGGCAAAUUGAUGAACGUGAUCAGGGGAGGACGUCAGUUACAAGCAAUCAAAACGACCGAUAGAAAGAAACGAUCGGUUUUCGACUUGAACGUAAAGAAUCUGCAAAAACUCUUCCGGCUAUCCCAGAAACUAGGAUACAAAGGAAAUUCAGCAUAUCCUAUUGUUAGUUGAAGCUGCAAACUAGUGCACAAAGUAUUGGGGUGAACUUAUUUAUCCAAGAAAGUGCAUCAAAUAAGAAAAGGAUGACCCUGGUCAAAAGCAAAAAACUUUCGAGCAUCGAUUCCUCUGCAAAACUAUUGACGAAUCACGAAUUAGAUGUUUCAUUAAAAAUUGCCGUCAUAGGAACAAUGCAAAUUAUAAUUGCUAUAAAAUUAUUUAUUUUCUACAUCUAAUGGAAGGCUAAUAUGAAUCCUUUUGUAAGAUAAUUUUUAAUAUAUCUUUUAUUUUUAUAUUUUGAUAAUAAAGAACAAUACGAAAGUGUA